AUGGUACGAAAUUAGAUACAAGUAUAGUAUCCACGAUUAGAUCUCCAAUAUCUUCAAAAAGUCAAUUAACAACAGUAAACAUGCAUGCAAAAUUAAUACAAGCAACAGUCAAGAAAUAUUAUCAUAGGAAAAACCAAGAAGUCGAUCUUCUGUUUGUCUCUAUUCUGUGCCAGUGUUCUGCACUCAGUUGAUGUAGUGACGUCAGACCAAGCUUCAGGAUUUCUGAACCUAAAUAACCAACCCUGGCACCUCUGCCCUGGCACUAUCCCUAAUUAACAAUCCUAACCCGAAUUUUCCCGAUUCUAUGGUGUGACGUCACUACAUCAAAGGUUCAAUCUCGUAGGUACCUGAUGUGGAGGGUACAAAUAUCGUAUACCGGAGCAAAUAUUCUCUUGCAUCAGGAAAAGUGCAAUACAGUCGAAAAUUCGCCAUAUACCGAGUUGAAAUCGAGGUAAAUACUAAUUUUACUCCCUUCUUAAUGUAAUUCUAUUAAUUGUGCUACAUAAUUUGCAUUUUAAAAAUAAAGCAAUGGAAAAUUACGAUACUUUGUAUCGCGAUGUGAUCGGUUUGAUACUGUGUCAAACUGUGACGUUGUCAGAUUAACAAUUUAUGACCUUUAAUGAUCUGGAUACAUACCGUAUAGCAAAUCAUAACGGGACAUAUUGCACACAAAUUGUUAUAACUUAUAUUAGGUUAAUAUGCACGAAUUUUACAGUAAAAGCCCAAUAAAGUCUUCUAUAGCUCCAGUGUUGUUGAGAGUUCAGUGUCGCUGCGGGAAACAAGGGGAGGGACUAAAGCGAGGGAAAGUGAAAAUAACAAAUUUCAAAAGAACAAUUUAUAUAUUCGAAUAAAAUUUUGCACAAAAUAUCGAAGAAAAUCGACAAUGUAUACCCGUGUGUUGCUGCAAGCCAGAACAUGCUAUCGCUCGUCUCUUUGGCUAAGUCAAAAAUCGCUUGAUUGCAGCAAAAUCCUACCAGCGAUCAAUAUGAAGAAAGCAAAAUUCAGCAACAAACCAUUGACCAUUGGAACCUUGAAUCCCUUGGUCAAAGAAGUUGAAUACGCCGUUCGUGGACCGAUUGUUAUUCGUGCUGUCAAACUCGAAAAAGAACUGGAAAAGGUACUGUUUGUUAAUAUUGAAACAUUAGCUGAAACAUUAGUAAAGUUUUAAUUUAAAUAUACGUAUGUAGUUUUGAAAUAUAUAAAUUGAUCAAAUGUUACAAUUUCAAUUACUGUAAUAACUUUAUAUGUUAUAAAUAUUUGUAAACAUAUGGCAGUUUUUAAGUUUGUUGUUUUUGGAAAAUUAUAACAUUUGAAAAAUUUAACAAAAGGAAUUAAAGUCAUAGAAUACAGUCCUUUUGAUUUCAAAAAUAGAUGAGGCUUUUUUUCAUUAUUCAUUAUUUUCAGAAAUGUGUUAAAAUUGGUCGAACGUCAGUAGACCCGUUCAGUAAUAUACCAGCAAUCUUUAAAACUAGGCUCUAUAUAGCCAAUAUUGCAAAAUAUAGACAAACAUAUUGGCUGUUUAGACUCGUUUUUGCAUUAUUUACAGUUCCUGACCAAAACCCAUAAAAGAAAAAAAUUGAGUAUGUGGCAUAAAGAACCAUUAUUAAAUUUAUUAUCAAAAGACCGAAAAUACCAAAACAAUUUUAACUUCAGCAAUUAUAAACAUUUGCAUACAUCAUCCCAUUGGGCACUCUAUAUUAUAAGCAAACAUGACGUUGUCUAGAUUUCACUGCCAACACACUUUUGCCUAGCGAGUUUAAAUCCUUAAAGAAAAUCUUAGUACAUUUAGCCCAUCCACAAAGAUACAAGCAGUAUUCAUUGAGGUGAAUCAAUCAUGCAUUAAAUUAUGAUAUUAUUUCCAAAAGCAUAUGCUAAUUUAGUUAAAAAUACUCACCUUUUGUUUCUCCUAAAGUCGUUUUAAAUCACCACCAUGACCACAAGCAAAUAAGCAAUGCUUUUACAUCGUCGAUAAUCGGAUUAUAUGGUGUUGAAUAGCACCUACGAGUGGAGUUUUGCUGUACAGGUAGACUUUACCCUUAUAAAAUACAUGACUUCUGCGACAAGUUAUAGUUUAAUUAAAGUAUAGAUAAUUCUUGAAAUAAGGCCAAAUAAAAAAAAAAACUUGGUUAGCGUCACUGCCCGCCUCUCGAUUUCUGCAGCCUCUGAAUUAAAAAAAAUUUUUUUAUGUAAAUCUCUUUGUUUUACAGCUUAAAACAGUUUAAUAUUUGAAAUUUUUUUCAUGCUCAGACCUUCGCACUAUAUACUGAUCGAAAGGAGCGUGUGGUCUUGGGUACAUGUAUACAAGGUAUAGCAAAAUGGCAGCCUUCGCAACAUCAGUACAAAAAAUAUCACCGAUAUGGUGGAAAAACUGCCCCCAUCCCCCCAAAAAAUACCAUUAAAAAAUUAAAAAACGAGUAAAAAUUUAAAAAAAACCGCCUGUCUGCCUCUGAAAAUUUGUGAGAGUGUGAUGCUAACCAAGUAUUUUUUUAUUUGGCCUAAUGAAAAUUUUUGAAAUGAUUUUUUUUGCGGCAGCAUUUUGGACAUGCGGGCGGAGGAUGGUAUUCUAUGACUUUAAUUCCCUGGGGCUAAAAUAUUAAUGUAUUAUUGCAUAUAUUUGUUUGCAGCAGCUAUAUUUUGGUAAACUACUAUUACAGUAAUAGCUGUCUGAAAGUACUUACAGUACAAGCUACAAAAUGACAUGCAUUGAAUUUAACUGAUUUUAAAAUGGAAUAUAAUUGUAGCGAUUUUUUUGAAAUUACUCUGAAGUUCUUGAGGAAUGAAAUUACUUUUUGCAAAGGGUAAUACUUGUAUUAUAAUUAUGGAUUAUUUCUAGAAGGAUUUUACUCAUUUAGGGAGCACAAAAACCUUUCAGUGAGGUUCUCAAAGCAAAUAUUGGUGAUUGUCAUGCCAUGGGUCAACAACCUAUCACUUUUAUCAGACAGGUAAGUGGUGUAGCACUGAUUUCAGCACAUCAACAGGGGUACUAGGAUCACAAGGGCAGCUUCCCCCGUUAUGGAAGCCAGUGGGCCAAGCUAGUUCCCAAGUACCAUGUAAGGUAACAUAACCCCCCCCCCCCUUGCUGAAUAUUAGCUUAGAUCUGCAUUUGUAGGCAAUUUUACAUUUGCUGUACCAAAAGCGUGGUAAUAUAUGGUGGCAACCUAAAUUCACCCUAAUAUUUUGCAAAGUGUCUGUUGCUGAGUUGCCGUCAAUUUCAGUACGGUACGAUAGUAGUUCUAGUUACUUUUAAAUAUAUAUGACUGCAAUCAUAAUUCAUAAUCAUUUUUAAUAAUGUUUUUGUGCAAUAAAUAAGCAAUUUAUUGAGUAUUUUCAUGAUAGGUGCUAGCAAUAUGUAUGGAUCCAAGCUUGCUGGACAGUUCACAAUACCCACAAGAUGUGAAAGACAGAGUGAGGAAAGUUCUUGGAGCUUGUGGUGGCGGAAGUGUUGGUAUGGUAUUUUAAAUGUUUGUCACAGCUCUAUAUUAUUAGCAAUUUGGCAGAUUUACAUACCACAUUUGAACAGGACCAUCAUAUUGUUUAAGACCAUGUUUGCACUAUGAUGCUAGACAGCAGUAUAUUGAUUUGCAGGUACGCUAUGGCAAACCACUCCGUUUAUGGCUGUAAACGCAAUACUAAGAUAAAACUUGUUUGAACAGUGUUUUGUCAUUGUUUUUUCCAGGUGCAUACACUCAUUCUAGUGGUAUCGAACUGGUCCGACAAGAUGUUGCCAAGUACAUUGAGAGAAGAGACGGAUAUCCUUCCAAUGCUUCAGAUAUCUCUUUGACAGGUGGAGCAAGUGAAGGAGUGAAGGUGCAAUACAAGUUCACAGUUGUUCAAUUCAGUGGAACAAUGAUCUUUUCUUUGCCCAAGUUAAAAUGCUUGGUCUACAUGAUAUACUUAAGUACAUGUUUUAUUUUACCCGUGUAGGAAAUGAUGAAGUGCCUUCAAACAGGUGGAAGUGGGAAAGAUAGAGCUGGUGUGAUGAUUCCAAUACCACAAUAUCCUCUUUACUCUGCUACCAUCUCAGAACUUGGUGCUUAUCAGGUGAGAUCCUCGCUGGAGAAAAUAUCAUAAUCUUUCCAAAUCCAUACUAUGUGGUCAUAUUUGCAUCACGUCCUUAAUCCAUAGUAUAUUCACACUAUGUCUACAUACUUCCUUGCAUAUUGCACAAUACUGUAAUAGGUUUUUGCUAUUUAGCAUUAUAUGAACAGAAUUUAGUUAUCUGUAUAAAUACCAUUUGUUCAUAUUUUUCUUAAUUGUUAUGUUGCAUGUUAUAAAAAAUUUAAAACGCAAUUUAUAUGAAAUGUAAGCAUUCAGACAUAACUGCAAAAUGCUUCGCAAGGACUGGAAAUCAAUCUUCUCCACAGAGUUGUGAGUUCUUUGCUGCAAUUUCUCAAAACUGGUAAAUUUUAGAUCAACUAUUAUUUGGACGAGGACAAUGGCUGGGCACUGGAUAUCAAGGAACUAAAGAGAUCAGUUGACGAGGCAAGAGAUCAUUGCGAUCCAAAACUACUCUGCGUUAUCAACCCUGGAAACCCCACAGGUUUGAGGAACAAUUUAUGAUUUUUUAAUGUCACAGCUGUAGAAAUUUCUUCGCUGGUUACAUAAACAAAUUUUUUGUUCGAAUUUGUCUCCUUUUAGGACAAGUUCUUAGUUAUGAGAACAUUAAAGCAGUCAUCCAAUUCGCGAAAGAAGAAGGACUGUUUCUGUUUGCUGACGAGGUUUAUCAAGAUAAUGUUUACGCACAAGGAGCAAAGUUUCAUUCAUUCAAGAAAGUGCUCCGUGAUUUAGGAGAAGAAUAUAAUGAUUUCCAGUUGGCAUCAUUUCAUUCUUGUUCCAAAGGCUACACGGGAGA